CCACCCUAUGCUUUAUAAAGAGAUCGCAGUGGUUCUUGAUAAAUGUUCUGGAGUUGGUAGACGGGAGAACCUUAUGGGACAAGUUUUAUUUAGAGUAGCAUACUAAAACAGAGGUAGUGAGUAGGCUACACCGGGAACAUCUUCAUUCUUAAUGUCACAUUUAAGCGAGAGGUAGGAAAAGGCAGGAAUGGCAGACAUUAGGAAGAAACUUGUCGUGGUGGGGGACGGGGCAGGUGGGAAAACAUGUCUACUGAUUGUCUUCAGCAAAGACGAAUUUCCUGAGGUGUAUGUUCCGACUGUAUUUGAGACAUAUGUGGCGGACAUAGAGGUGGAAAACAAGCAAGUCCAGCUUGCUUUGUGGGACACAGCUGGGCAGGAGGACUACGACCGGCUGCGCCCCCUCUCCUAUCCGGACACCGAUGUCAUUCUGAUGUGCUUCUCCGUGGACAGCCCGGACUCGUUGGAAAACAUCCCUGAAAAAUGGGUGCCUGAAGUCAAACACUUUUGUCCGAAUGUACCAAUUAUAUUAGUGGCCAACAAGAAAGAUCUGCGCAACGAUGAAAACGUAAAGAACGAGCUAUCCCGGUUGAAGCUGGAGCCCGUGAAAGCAGAGGAUGGCCGGGCCAUGGCCAUGCGCAUUGGCGCAUAUGCCUAUUUGGAGUGCUCUGCCAAAACCAAGGAAGGGAUCUGGGAGGUAUUCGAAACUGCAACACGGGCAGCCUUACAAAAACGGAAAACACCUUCAGAAAGUUGUCUUAAAUGCUGUGUUUUGAUGUGAAUCGGCGCUAACUGGAGAAUCGUGAAGCGCAGACAAGGCGCUUCCGCCGCUGGGAUCUGUGUCUGAACAUGUAGGCCUACGGGAAGUGACCAUGGUUUGAUUACUCCCUUAUAAUCAGACAACCUUGGUUAUACUAAAACAGAUGACUGCAAACAAGUUGUUUUGAACACAUCCGUUGAUCGUCUGAUGUGUGUGUGUGUGUGUGUGUGUGUGUGUGUGUAAAAUGCACUGCUUACUGCAUGUUCUUUGUGCGUCACAUGAUCCCAGUCUGGCCGGUGGAGGGAUAAAAAUGACAAACAACAUGGAAGUGGACGCCUUAUUCACUAAUUUUCCAAUGUGGACAUGUCCUUUUCAAAGGCCUGCUUUCGAGCCAAGGUUUAAAUUGCUCACUUCUUGUGUUUCAAAGUGUUUGCAUAUAGGCAAUGCCUUACUGCCAAAGUUAUAAUAAGCAAAGCAGUACAAAAAUUGCACUCGUUAUUUAUGUCCACUUUGUAUUUACAAUACAAUGACUGUAUUUAGUUGGUGAAAUUGCACAGCAUCUGGACACUAUAAUUCACAGAAAGCUUUGAUAGAAGUUCGAGUCAGUGCAAGGAUGCCCAUGGUGUUCUGUAGCCUGUUUCUUCUGAUGUUUUACGCCAUUUUCAAUAAAGACAGCUUAAGUUUACGGUUAAAAAAAAUCAGUUGUCUCAGGUUUGUUAGUU